UCUUUCCUAUCCUUCCAAAUGGCAAUAGAUUUGUGCAAAGUUUUGGAGCGUGAAGUUUCUGAUGGAAGAAUCACUUUAAUUCUAGGUUGAGCCAUGGUAUAUCCCAUCUCCUUUACACCGAUGACAACAUCAUAUUCUUCAAGACUUCAGAGGCUCAUGGAAGUAACGUGAGAUAUGCUUUCACUCUAUUUUUAGAAUGGUACUCGAUGCAUGAAUUAGUCCAUAGUAGUGUUAGACAGUGUGUGUGGAGUUAGCUAGGGUAAUGGUUGGUGUCAGUCAUGUCUCAUGACGACUGUUUGAGCUAGCUGUAAUGGGUUACGCUUGGUUUUUCACUAAUUAACCAAACAAUUUUCUUGUGCUUGAUUAAUAGAUUGAUGCAUUCAGACCUCAUUUUCAGGGGAAAAAUAUUGAAGGAGUGAAAAUGUUGAAUGAUUGAUCAACAACUCCAAGAGAAACAAUGAAUCCUUCGAUUUUGUCAUCAUAAGAGACACAUGGAACUAACAUGUACUACUUCAUAAUUAUAUUUGCUGGUAGGCAUAAAUGGGCUGAGAUCCACGUCAUAAAACACUACACAAUUCUGUUAGUGGGUCCAAAACUCCAAAGAGCUGCACAUGGGCCGGCCCGAGAAGCCAUUCGCCAGCUACCGCUCGAUCGCCCGCCAUCGCCUCGCUCACAGACAUCCCAUCCCAGCCGUGCUUGGCGACAGACCACCGGCAGCGGCGGCGCCCAGCACGGUGCUGAGAUCCCGAUUCCGUUGUGGCUGCGCUCUGCAAGAAGGCAUUUCUCGGAAGUUGUCUUCUUCUUUCCUACUACAACAUCAUUUAGAUUCUGGUCGCCAUCCGAUAUGGACAAAAGUAAUACAUCUGGCUAUGCUGAGGACAUUACCGAGACUCAGAAAUAUGCAAACCCUGAGAGAGCCAACAGGGGAAGUUUUCCUUUUCCACAUACAACCCUAUUGGGGGAAAGGAAAACUUUCAAAAGGGCAGCAAACAGGGGAAGGAAAUACUCCUGGGCAACGUCAAGUAGAACAUAUCAUUUGAGAUCAUCUGACAGUGCCAGGGUUCUUCGUUCUAGAUCAGUUGCACAUAAGUCGCCUAGUGACGCUAUGCAAACUCAAAGAGAAAGAGCCGUGAAGAAGCCAACUGGCGACCCUGUGGACACUCCCCUAAAGCCAACUGCUAAAAGAAUAAGAAGGAAAAAAACAACAGAGAGUGGACCAGACGAUGAGUUAUUGAAAAUUCCUAAGGGGAUUAGAUACUUUUUGAAUCGGAUAAACUUUCAGCAAAGUUUUCUUCAAGUGUAUGAGAGUGAAGGCUGGAAAAAUCAAAGGUUCGCCACCUCUCUAUUCACCUUUCAUUUGUAGCUAAAGUUUCAUUUAUUAUUACUCCCACUACUCCCUUCUUUAUGAUCUUUUAGUUAGCACAAUUUCAUAAUUGUAACCUGCAUUUAUCUUUUUACACCCGAAUUGCUUAUUUUAGCUCCACUCGUUACUUGCAUAUACACGGAUUCUUAUCUGGUCGUAGGGCAGUUAUUGCACCAUCCGCACGCCCCCCUCAGCUCGUUUCGUACCCACACGUGCAUGCUUGUUAUUUGCUUAGUCUGAAUAGCUAGCAACAGGAAACAAUUAUUACUCCAGACACGAUGCAUCCAUACUAUUGCUUUACUCCCAACGUUUGAUCAGAUGGGCAAUUAAACAACUGCUGGAAAUUAAUGAACUAAUACACAUUUUAACCAGAGGUAAAAUCCAAACUACCACUCUAGGCUCCUCCUUGGUCUUACCGAAACAACUAAUAGACUAGACAUUAUAAAUGGAAUGGAGAGAGCAAAUAAAAAUU